ACGGCCAUGUUUACAAAUUCAUUGUUGAUUUGUUGCUCAAUUUUGCUCAAUCAACAUAUUUUAUUUUUUGUUAUCAAACAUAUACACAAUAAUUACAAAUAAAUUUAUAAAUUGAUUUAAUUGAAUAUUAAGAAAAAUGUUGAGCUUGCAAGGAUAUGCAAGUAGUGACGAUAACAGUGAUCAUGAUAAUGAUGAAACAAAGUCAACACAAAAAAGUGAGGUUAUAAAUAAUGAAAAUAAUGAUAAUUUAAUGUCAAAUGAAAAAUUUAUACCUAUUGAUCAAUCAGUAACGUCAUUGUCAUUAAAAAUAUGUGCUGCACCAGAAGUUGUACCAACAGGCUCUGAAUUGUGUGUUAGACAUAUAGACUCAACACUUGAAGAAAUAAAACAUAAUCCUCGUUAUGAAGAGCUAUUUGCUCCAGAUGUUGGUCCUGAAAAUCCAUUCAGAACUGAACAACAACGUGCCUCUAAAAAUAUAUUAUCUGGAUAUGUUGAAAAAGCACAUAUAAGUGAAUUUCAAUUUGAAAAUCAACGAAGAACAUUUCAAAGUUAUGGCUAUGCAUUGGAUCCAACAAUUGAUGGAAGUUUAGAAGAAGGUAGAUCAAUAAUUGGUGCAACAGAAGCAGCUGAAGAACAAGGUGGAAAAACAGUAUUUGAAAGUGUUGCAUUAAGAAAUGCUGAUAAAAGAAAAAGAAAUAAAAAUGAUAAUGCAUCAGAUAUUGAAGGUUUUCUUGGUCCUUGGGGUGGUUAUGUUGAUGAAAAACGUAUUUUAAAACCAUCUGAAGAAGAAUCAGCUGAACUAGAAGAAAUAUUAGCUAAAAGAAAUAAACGUGGUAAACCAAGUGAAGAAAAACCAAUUGAAGAAAAAACAGUAUUACAUAUUAAAGAUCCAGUUGAUUAUCAAGGACGUUCAUUUCUUCAUGCACCACAAGAUGUUGGUGUUAAUUUACGUUCUGAUUCACCACCAGAACGUUGUUUCUUACCAAAAUCACAAAUACACACAUGGGAAGGACAUACAAAGGGUAUAUCACAAAUUCGAUGGUUUCCAAAAACAGCACAUUUAUUAUUAUCAUGUAGUAUGGAUUGUCGAGUAAAGCUAUGGGAAGUAUAUAAAGAUAGACGUUGUGUACGUACAUAUUAUGGUCAUCGUCAAGCUGUACGUGAUAUUAGUUUUGACAAUGAAGGAACAAGAUUUUUAUCAGCUGGUUAUGAUCGUUAUGUUAAAUUAUGGGAUACUGAAACUGGUGCUGUUAUAAGUCGUUUUACAAGUAGAAAAAUACCAUAUUGUGCUAAAUUUCAUCCAGAUCCAGAUAAACAACAUUUAUUUGUUGCUGGUACAAGUGAUAAAAAAAUUAUAUGUUGGGAUACAAGAUCUGGUGAAAUAACACAAGAAUAUGAUCGUCAUUUGGGUGCUGUUAAUACAAUAACAUUUGUUGAUGAAAAUCGUAGAUUUGUAACAACAUCUGAUGAUAAAAGUCUUCGUGUAUGGGAAUGGGAUAUACCAGUUGAUAUGAAAUACAUUGCUGAUCCAACAAUGCAUUCAAUGCCAGCGGUGACACCAUCACCAAAUCAAAAAUGGCUUGCUUGUCAAAGUAUGGAUAAUAAAAUUGUUAUAUUUUCAGCGUUGAAUAGAUUUAAAAUGAAUCGUAAAAAAACAUUUACUGGACAUAUGGUUGCUGGUUAUGCUUGUGGUAUUGAUUUUUCACCAGAUAUGAGUUAUCUUGUGUCGGGUGAUGCUGAUGGAAAGUGUUAUGUUUGGGAUUGGAAGACAACUAAAUUAUAUAAAAAAUGGAAAGCACAUGAUGGUGUUUGUAUAUCAUCACUUUGGCAUCCACAUGAACCAUCAAGACUUGCAACUGCUGGUUGGGAUGGUAAAAUUAAAUACUGGGAUUAAACAACAUAACUAAAAAUAAUAAUUAAUAACUUUACAAUUUUUAUAAUUAUGUAAAUAAUAUUCAUUUUAUUUAAAAUAUUCAAUUUUUUUUUUUUUUUUUUGAUUGAUUGAUUUGAACAAUCAAGAGGAAAAUUAUCUUUUGUAUUGUGUAAAUAAAUUCAAUGAUUAAAUAUAUAUUUUACUUUUUAAUCAUGUCAA